CUGAUCUGAUGUCAGUCUCCUUUACUGCACAGUAGGUGACUCAAUGACUCAGCUGAUCCAUUACAGGUGUUAUGCCGUAGAAUGCACCCCUGCCGUAGAAUGCACACCUGACGGGAGCGCGGUUAGGCGAAAUAAACUAAGUUUUCCUUACCGUUGGGUGAAUUCAAAAGCGUGCGCCUUUAAUAAUGAUUUCAGAUAAACCGAAAACAAUAGCCCUCUGAUUCAGAAUAUUUGUUCCCGAAAAUAUAAUGUUCUCGUCCUUGACAGCUUACUGUACAGUUAAUAUACCGAAGUACACCUCUAUAUGUGCAUUUUUGAGACACAUAAAAACAGAACGAAAGUUUGCUGCUCCAUUUGACAUGUUGUCAUGAUCCAAUACUCGAGUUUGAGAUCAUUUUCUUCCACUUUAAGAAGCUAGUGAGUGGAUGGGAUGCAGGGGAUGCAUUCUUCGGCACAACACCGGCAGGCUUACACAAAUGGGUUUACAUUUGUCAAUUAGAUGUAAUGCAUUUGACUUCGUGAUGUUGUUAAAAUUAAAACUAAUUUUAAAUUUACUUAGCUAGAUGUAAAAAUGAUAGUAAUAAAUAAAUAAAAAGAUAAAGAAAGAUAUAAAUCAAGGACCACAUGAAAUUGUUUAAAUAAAAUGAGAUACUUAAAAAAGCCUCAUAUAGAAUCCCAGAAUAUCCCAACAAGAAAACAUCAACAUUUUGCUACUCCACCCAAGAUAGAAAAAAAGUGAGUGUUUCCGGACACCUAUUUUAAAGUGAACCUUGUAACAGGGUGAAGCUGGCGCAGAUUACAGAGGACAGUGACUUCAGAUUAGAGGGGAUGCUCGGCAGGGGGCGGGAUACAAGGUUGGAUGGAUGUGAAACACGGGCUGUGUAAUAACUGGACGUAGCGUCGGUGACGUGACAUGAUCUGAGAAUACACGCUGGGUGGGAGCUGGGAGGAGCGCUCCCUCAAAAAAGCGAGCGGCACUGUGAUGAGACAUAGCGGCGCAGUCUGAGAGGAGAGCAGCGAUCAGCCAGCACGCAGCAACCAGGGAUCCAAGGAGCUGCAAGUACAGGAAGAGGCGCUAGGAGGCCCGAGGAAGGCAGGCAGGUAAGCAGCUGUAGACGGUGCAACAUGUGAUUCUUGUUUUUUCAGUUGCCUAAUGUGUUGUCAAGAUGUGAUCUGUUAUGAUACGUUGAAGCUGAGAUGUUUUGGUGUUCUUAAAAGCUACACAACUUUUUGAAUCUGCCUUGUUUACAGUAACAAGGAUAAUAAAGGGGAGGUGGCAGUCCUAAAUGUUCUGUUGUAGCACAAGGCCUCUGUUUUCUUAAAAUUAUGGCAAAAAAGUUUUAUCCUCUGGAUCAAUAGGUAAGAUAACAGAGAAACUGUUACACAUGGCUUCAACUCAAAACAGCAUUUUUGACAGUGAAGACUGUGGCCAGCUAUGAGCAUGCUGCAAUCUUAUGGCACAGCUGUCUUGCUUUAAUUUCAUUGCAAUAAUUCAGUUACCAGCUAUCAACUGCUCUAGCUCUGACUGAAAAGGAGAAAGCUUAAUUACAGGACAUGAAUGACCUGUUGCCCCACCCAGUAGCCUCAUGUGGAACAUGGUGGUUAACACAGUGUGUGGGUCCACUGUGCUACACCCCAAAAGUAAACUUCAGAACCGGCUGCUCGACACACAUGUGACGAACUACCACCCUGUAAUAUAUGGGAUGCUUGGGAGACACCCUGUCUUUCAACCUGACAUUACUGGCAGUACCCACCCCGCAUGUGGUUACAGCACCCAAAAAAGUAGGGAUGGCUUGAUGUUCAGUGUGGUUGUGUUGUCUUGUACACCAUAAAACUGGCUGUUUUCAACAAACACAGCAAAAUUUAUUUGUUCUGUCAACAAAUGAUAUGCAUUUGCGUGUGUUUGAUGUUCAGCUUUGCAGAGGGGACUAGUGCUACAUGGUUGUCAUGAGAUCCAGCAGAAGAAGUGGUUUCUCAAACAGUUUCUCUCUGUCAUACACAUUAGUCAUGACACAUCUGUUGGCAAAUGAGUAUAUGACAUUAUUGUUCAUGAACAACUUGUGUCAAAGCUAGUAUAAUCUGAAUUUCUACGAUAACCGCAGGUAUAGCUACUUUUCUUUUUUUCACCCUGGCUUUACUAAACAAGGUGUCAUUGACUAUACCCAAUACCUACUCUGUAUAUUCAAUGACACAAGUGCCCUUAACAUUUUAGAGGCGAAACUGUGCUGUUGGCUUGAUUACAUGAAGUAAACUGCCUUAAAAACUUUAACAUUCAAGAGUUUAGGUCGAUAAUAAGCUAAUAUGAUAGGAUGCGUUUUCUUUUUUUAACUUAUCCAUGAAUAAUGCACUUUUUAUUCAAAUCUCCCACGAGGAACUUUGUUUUGGUGACUGUGUACAAAGACAUACCUCUUAUCUUGUUGCUGAUUUAGUUUUAUGUACAUGUGUUCUUCUAUUUUUCAUUAUAAAUGUCAAUCUUGUUUCCUAAAAGAGACAGACUUUAAACUUUUUAGGAGCUUUUGUUUUGGAAAAUGUAAAAACAGGUUGUAUUAAUAUAACCUGUUUUUACAUUUUUAACACCUCAUCUGACACCUACCCCUUGCAUGUGGUCAGGUAUUAAAAUAGUAAACUAAUCUCAUUCUGCCGAUGCUCUUGUUUACUUUUGUGGCUCAUAGAGGGACAUCAGUAAUGAUACUAAUCUGUUUCAAAACCCUCUAGAAAGUCAUCACAGGAGCCUAAAGUAAACAAAAUCAACUCUGUACACUAUAGCCAGAACAAAAUAGGCCAGCAAAGAAAAAGUACAUUUCAUAACACAACAUUUAUAACAUAAUACAGAGCCUCAAACUGCCUCAGAAUCGCUAAAGUGCUGUACAAACUUGUGUCAGGCGCUUCUAUCUCAUCUUUCUUUGUGAGAUUUUUAAGUCCUCUGAUCUUUUACUGACAUCAAGCAGCAUAUGAGAUAAACAAAGAUAAAACUGCCCUUAUUGUUCUGCUGAACUCGCUUUUUAAAGGCUUAAUUUACAUCAAGUAUAUCUUACAGCAUUUGUAGUCAGCUCUCCUUUCUGUAGAGAGGGCAGGGUCACCUCUGAUGAGACUUAUUUAAACAUUUCCUUUGAUGAAAACAAUCCACAUGAUGUGAAGAAGAAAAUGAGUGGACAGCAAUAACAGCAUGUCAUUAUAGAGGCCCCAAAAUGGAGUCGUAGCCCUGCUAACCCUGGAGUAAAAUACAGCCUCCGAGGCAGCCGUGUGGCUUCUCUUGAAAUAGCUUGUGAGAGCGGAGGCAGCCAAGUUAUCCAUUAUAGACUGUGACCAUGUGGAAGAGUUUUUUUUCUUUUUUUCUGCCAGUUUUCCAUCACCACCCAACCCUCUAGAGUGCUGGGUGCUCCAGAUGAUGGGAAAACACAGCGUACUGUACGUUAGGGAGGAAAGGACCAGUGGAAAACCAGCCUAAUGGAGACACUGUGCUGACCUCCCAUGAACAUAACACAGGAAUUCACAUAGAGAGAACUACAAAAUAAGUAUCUUUAAUGUCCUUUUAUGUCACACUGAUCUAUCACAAGCACAUUAACUACAAAAUAUAGCCAACAAUCGGACUAUUAUUGUAGGCUAUUGCAACUAUGAUGGACAGUAAAGUCAAAGUAUACAGCAUAGUUACCCUAAAUAAGCCAAAAGUCACAGGAUUCACAGACUGCCAUCACAAAAACAACUGAAACUAUAUUUACAAUAUCCUGACAGACCUCCCACAUUAAGGUGAAAAAUAGCCUCUGAAUUUAACAAGUGUGUCUCGCUAUUAAGACUGUUUAACUUCAUCCUGUUGUUUAUGAUGACAAUCUUUUUUGUAACUUGGAUUGGGUAUAGUAGAAAGUUAUCUAUUUUCUUUUCAGCUAACAUCCUAAGUACUUAGCAUAAAAUUGUCACAGCUAUUGAACUUGCAUGUGUGUGCAAUAAGGCUGCAAAGAUGGACAUUGAUGCUAACAGAGACUGAAAAGGCCAGAUAUAAAACAAACAAGCCUCUAAGAAAUAAUGUGUCAAGAAGUGAGAGGAAGACUUAAGUUUAAUCACCAUAUUAACUCCUAAUGAUCUUGCUUGAUUGGAAAAAAUACCAAUUGAGUAAACAUUGCAUUACAUAUGCAGCAGAUAACAAUUUUCACACCAACUGGAAACAAUGUCCACAAGGCUGUGUGUUGGGAGAGAAUGUUUAUCAUAAGAUUUGUCUUGAGUUCAGACAGUUUUUUCUCUACAAAUUCUUACAAAUCAUUGUAACCAAGUACACUGAGCUUCUCAAAAUUGACCAAAGGUCUGACUUCAGUACCUGAACUUUUUGAUUGGCAGUGUAUUGUGUGGUGCAUCUCUGACUCCUGAAGAACAAGGUUAACUUUGGCCAAAAGGGUUUUUGACCACACCUUUAAAAAGACACCCCAGUGGGGCAAUGGGAAAGUUACAUUUAAAGGACUAUUUCUACCAAUUUGUGGCAGGGGUUGGUGAAUUUGGCUAAUUUUCUAGGGACUCCUCUAGGCUUAACUGCUCCUCAAGGUAUAAUUUAAAUUACCGUAUCUUUGGUUUAUAGGUAGAAGAGACCUCAUCCAUUGAAAAUAUUGAUUGACUCCAGGGAAAAGUCAAAAGACUUGACCUUAGCAACUCAUGAAAGUUUGACAUCUGAAAUACAACAUAUUUUUCAAGUAUUUCUUGGAUAACACUUGGGCAUUCAAUAUACUGACUUUUUUUAUUGAUGUAAAAAAUAAAAAGGAAGGAAACUUGAGGCUACUGAAGGAUGUGGUUCAGGUAUUCUUAAAAUCAACAGGACGUGUUCAGAUUUCCUCACUCCCAUGCAGACACUUUGCAACUCUCAAAAUAAAGAGGCAGCCUAAAUGUCCUCGAUGUGCUGGAACACAACUUGUAGCAGAUGUUACCCUAAAGCUGUAACAUGAUCUCAUUAGUUUUAUAAGGAGCGUGGCAUUGCCUUAUAUUGUUUUUCCAGCCUUGUUGAUCUUAUUUACCAUCUUGGUCAGUUUAAAUAUACCUUGUUACCAACUUCUUUAAAGUCUGUCUGGCUCUCUGUUCUACGCCCAUCCGUCAGUUGCUUGGUCUGUUCUGGGUUAGUCACAGGGCAUUCUCCUUCAGAACAAGCCUCUUUACAAUGCAAUAAUAAUUUCCUAACAAUUGAUUUUGAAGAAACCGAUCCUUUCAGCAGCUCUCUUGUAUCUAGCAAUGCUCUAUUUCUAUCCCAUCCUCUGUGCUAAUGCCAGUGUUUUUCCUCCACACGUAAACAUACCGUUCUGUAUGUAUCCCAGAUGACAUUUAUUGUGAUACAUUUCAGAGCUGAUGGCAGUAUCCUCGAAUCCAUUAAUGGAGCUGUUAGAAGCCUUUUAGACACGAAAGAAUGAAAAUGGUCAUUGGUAUAGUGCGCUCUCAAGCCAUUAACUGGAAAGAGCUCAACAACAAACAUUGCACUAGUUCACCUCCCGCUUUGUUGUCUUUUGCUGUCUCCUGUGAGUAAUUAUUUACCUUUACCGCCAACAGUUCCUACUUUCUUUUACUUUUGUGCUUCCACUAACAAAAGUUUAAUUUGUUUCAUUGGAUUCACUUAGUUUGGAUAGGUUUUAUUCUUUCUGCUUGUGUCUUUAUUGAUGUGAGGACAAUCUUGCUGAGGGUGGGCAGUAGAUUAAAAUAGAAUCUGUGUCACGUGACUUUCUUCAGCAAUUUGCAGGUUGUGAAUGAUUUGCUCCAGAAAAUACUAUGACAGUGGGGAAACAUGGUUUGAUCAAAAGUACCUUUAAGGAUUUUACAUGAAUCAAUAUUGUUACAAGGUUUUACUAACAUCUCCAAUAUGUCAAGAUUUUCUGUUUUAAUACAUUCUCUUAUGUUGGCUUUCUCCUCAUUUCUUAAAACUUUAAGUGGUAGAAGGUACUUUCCUCUGUAAAGAUGUAGCAUUGGUCUAUAAAAAUCCGCUGUGACCAUGGUAACAGCUUGUUUAGGACAAAAUCUGUGUGUUGGAAAGACUUUGGAGGACCCAAAAUAAGAGUCAAGACGAAAGUCCAAACAGAAAAGUGACAUGGCGGUUCUGGUGAAUGUCCAGAGAACGGAAAACAUAACACACAGUGUGAACUCAUACUGCCACAUUGAGAUCGGCCGACUCCUUGAAAUAGCUUUUCUGACUGAAAUGGACAUUUAGCCUGUGGGAUGCACUAUCUUGUAUUAAUAAAAUCUCGGUCUCCGACAUUGCUUUCCCCGACGUUAAGGAAGGAAAGAAACAGAAUUAAUGACGGUUAAUCUCAACCUGUUUCUCAACAUAUAGAUACAGCACUCUUAAUGCAACCAAGCAAUAGCUAUUUAUCUAUGGGCUCCACUAUCUUGUUCAAUUCAAAGAUUGUUUUGUUUGUGUUUCUAAUCUGGUGUCUUUUCUCAUGGCAGCUGAAAAGCCUCAACCCAAAAGAGUGGUGUCUGUGGAUGGACAGUGCAGGCACCAAUGGCAUCACAGGAGCUUGUGAAUGCGAGAGACUCUGCCACUGACAAUCUAAACCCAGGAAUGGAGGGUGGUGCUGUGUCUAGCAGCACUAAGACCUGUCCUGUCCACACUCCAGGUGGAGAGGACUCAAAAAGGGGCUUUCGAAAAGGCAUAGGGAGGCACAAUGACUAUGUGAAGAUCUCUGUGCCAGACUCUAAGGUCAAUCGUCUGCCAAUGGAGUGGUGGAAGACAAUGGUUGCCUUCUUUUAUGCCGGUUUUAACUUGGUCCUGACCACAGUCGUCAUCACAAUUGUCCAUGAGAGGGUCCCACCAAAAGAGAACAGCCCGCCACUUCCAGAUAAGUUCUUCGACUAUAUCGACAGGGUCAACUGGGCUUUCACUGUAACAGAGAUCAACGGCAUGGUGCUGCUGGCCAUUUGGCUGAUUCAGUUGUUCUUCUUCAGAUAUAAGUAAGGACCUUUGGCAGUCUUGUCAUAAAUUUCCCUAGGUUGCUACAUUGGUGACUUUUAUUUAUUAUACAUAUUGAUUUUGAGUAAGAAAAAAUACAAUGUGUGUGUCUUAAUGUAGUGCUACUUAGAGUCUGCAAGGCCAAAACCCUUGAAAAUUUGACCACAGAUCAGGGUGUGUAGAUUCACCUUUUUCCUGUUUAGAUUACAUAAUGAAGAAAUGGUGUUUUGCGGUUGUGCUGCAGCCUGUAAAUGCCUUAUCCUGUUACUCAGGGUUAGUGCAAGUAUCGACAGUCUUCCCUGUAUGACUGUUCUACAUGAAAGAAAGCAGCCUUUCUAACAUUGAACUGACACUAAAAUCACAUAGAUAAAAAGGAGGCUGAGAUAUUUUGACUUAGAUUCAAUUCUGCAAUUAAGCCAGUUAUUUCUGGCCAUUUUUCUCUUUAAAUCAAGAUGCAGAAAAAAACAUCUGACAACAGGACAGGCAUAGUAAUUUCAGCAAAAUCAUCAUUACAGUUUUUAACCUUGUUUCAUGGAGGAUUUCCGUUUGUAGCCUGGUUAAUGGACAUCUACUCACCAGUUGAUCAAUCACGUCAUGCAAGAUACUCACCAGACUCUCAUCCUUUGUGUGCCAGUGUAUGAGGACAGCUGAAUUAUCAUUAGACCUUAACAGUUAUAUAUUAACAAGUUUUUCAUUGUAAUAUUUCUCUUUGCAGAUCAAUAGCAAGCAGGCGGUUCUUCUUUCUCAUUGGCACUCUGUACUUGUACCGCUGUGUCACUAUGUACAUCACCACCCUGCCCGUACCUGGCAUGCACAUGACUUGUGCUCCUAAGGUGAGUAGCAUGAAAACAUCAGAGGCAGCAUCAGCUGUCGUCACUCAGCCGUGUACUCUCAUUCACCCUCUGGGACUCAUUUUGCACAACCAUGCAAGAGAGGCAGCUAUAAAAAAGCCAUUUUAACUUCAACUGCCUCAGGACACUGGCAAUAUUGAGGUGCAUCAGUGUUUGAUCCAAAACAUGUGCUCCAGGGCAGUUGUUUGCUGGGUUGUGUUGUGCAAAAGGAUGAGAAGUCAGACAGCAAAGUAGUUUUUCUGUUAUCAAUGCCUCCGAAAGGGUUUGAAAGCCUUUGGCUGCUUGUUAUCUUCAGUUAUUUACAUUUAAGUUGUCAGAGCAACAAGCACACGAUCACACAAUUCAUGUGUUAUUUAUGAUGUUGUCAUGUUUUUGACCAGUUCAAAGAAUCUUGCUUAUCUGUAAAGGAUGGCUGAAAGUUUAAAGGAAUUAUUUGCUGUUGUAUAAGAAACUGAAUUCUUUGCUGUCUUACAACCAAUGAGAUGGAAGGGUUAACACUGCUAUAAUGUAUGUAAAGUGUAUCUGAAACUACAGCCAUUUAGCUUAACAGUUAGCCUGACUCUAUCUACUGAUCACAUGAUGUGUCUAUGUACAAAGUUACAAAUACCUAAUUAUCAUUUCUAUGGGCACCACAGAAAAGUGUGAUCUAAGGCUGCAGAUUGCAGAGUUUGUGGAAUUAUUUGUCAGUAGCUGAGGUACAAUCAGUCUCCUUGGAUUGCCAUGUAAGUGUUGGUGAUCCUAAAACUGGCCAGCUAUUGUUUCUCUUUAAAUUGUUUUUAUUGUGAAUCAACAAAUCCUAACUGUUAUGAAUGUUCUCUGUGUUUAUAUUAAGCAGCAAUACAAGAACAAUUGUCUGGUUGUAUACCCAAAACAAAUAUUUGAAGAUGUAAUCUUUGUCUCUGGAAACUGGACGGACUUUUUCUGACAGAACAGAUAACAAUUACAUGAGGAUUUGUAAUAAUUAGGACUGAUGAUAAUCCUCGAUGGCAGAUCGAAUGUUGCUGCAAAUCCUGUAAUGAUCUGUUUAUCCCUCUCUAUGUCCACUUCCUGUUUUUCCAUUAGCUCCAUGGAGACUCCCAGGCAAAAAUCCAGCGAAUCUUGCGUCUUGUCUCAGGAGGAGGUCUGUCCAUUACGAACUCCCAUCUCUUGUGCGGAGACUUCCUGUACAGUGGGCACACGGUGAUGCUCACUCUCACCUACCUGUUCAUCAAGGAGUGUGAGUACUUAAGAGGCUGUUUGCUACUAUGGAAUAUUUAUGUGAAUGUCUCAUUAAUGAUGUAUGAACACAUGGAAACUUCAUGAGUGUACAUGUGGAAAAUUAUGACAUGUUGCCACUAUAACAGUUUUUUUCCUGGGGGAUCCUUCCCAAAAGGAUCAGUAAAGUUCAAAUUCAAUUAUUUCUACAUGACAACAGAUAUGUUUUAUCUUUGAAUACUAUGAUGUCGAGUGAUAACACCAUAAGCGUAUGCAAACAACUUUGGCAGUUUCAUGAUUUCUCUGAAACAGUGUUAAGACCUUUGAAUUAAACUUUUUAGCCAUUUUAGGGCUGUAGCAUUUGCUGUUGAUUUCUGCUUUAUUAUGCUUGAGUGUUUACUAUAUUUGUCUUCCAUACUGUAUAAGUUAAUGAUGUUAAAACCUUCAUUUCAAACCUUCAUUUGUGAACAUAAAAAUAAUCUAUAAGGAGAAGAUUGUUGUCGUAAAUAUCCGCAACACUCUUGUUUCCCUUUUUCUAUUUCUCUUUAGACUCACCGAGGUCAUUUUGGUGGUAUCAUCUGAUGUGCUGGCUUCUGAGUGCUGUGGGUGUAGUGUGCAUCCUGGUGGCGCAUGAGCACUACAGUGUGGAUGUGGUCGUGGCCUAUUUCAUCACCUCUCGUCUCUUCUGGUGGUACCACACCAUGGCAAACUUACAGGUCUGAACACAGAGCUGAACAAUGAGUGGCUGUUUGUGUGUGUUAAAAAGUCUAAAUAGUUUAAAGCAUGUAAACACAUUAUUCAUACAGCAUAGAGGACAUUUUCCUCUUUACUCAAAGCUGGAUGUCGUUCACAGUGUUUACAACAAGUUUAGAAGCAAGAAGUUUAUGUUUCCAGGACAGAGUCUGUGUGCGACAGAUAAUUGAAUGCUUACAGUAGUUAUAUUUUUAGACACUGUGUUAGACUUUUCCUUCAAGCUGUCAGUAUGUGGCAUUCACUGAGCUUCACCCCCUCUACUGGCCAAAAACAGUGUUACAUACAACCAUGAAUAUCAUGAUUUACAUCUUAACCUUCAUCACUGCUGUAAAGAUUAGCCAUAUUGUUUCAGACAACAUUUUAAAUCACAUUGUAGGAUGCUAAUUUAAGUAUUCAUAUAUUACUAUUUAUUUCCCUGUAUUCACAUAACUUUGUAUCUAUGAUUGUGUUUAUCCACCAUCAAAGGCAGCUGCACAUGCUUCACAAAUAGAUUCUUUGCAUUCUGUUAGGUUAUUUCAUUUGAGAGAGUGCUAAAUGAAUGAGAAAUACUUCUUUACAGCUGUUAAUCUAAGCAUGUAUCUCUCACUUUCCUGACAGACUCUGAAGUGCUCGCCCAACAACUACCUCACCAACACCUGGUGGAACCCAUUUUUCAACUUCCUGGAGAGGAACGUCCAAACCUCUGUGCCAUGCUCAUACAGCUGGCCCAUCACCUGGCCACCUGCCUGCCUUAAGAGCCCUUGCAAGAAGUACUCCAAGGUUCAGAGCACACGAGAGGAGUGAUGUGACCCUGAAGCCCAAUCAGUUUUGCCUGAUAAUCCACAGAGGGGAUAUUCCUUCAGCCAGUCUUACCAAAUGGACAGGAACGUGAGAGUACUAAAGUAUAACUGCUUUGGGAGAAAUGUUUCUGCAAAUCAAUCAAGAAGGGUUAAUGUGUUUUUUCUGUGUAUUCUUUGUAUUUGUAACUUAUUUAUGUAAUAAAGUCCUACGAAGUCAUCUUUGUUUUAGUAUCUGAUAAAUGUGUCAACUCCUAGUGGUGGUCAGUUAAAAUGCAAAUGUAUGUUCAUUAUGUUUGCAGAUCUUUUUUUGUUAUUUUUUAAUCUGCUGCCGUGACUCAUUGGUGCGUGUUGGCAGGAUUUACCUCAUUAUGUUUUUAAUAUGCUCCAGUCACAAGGUGCCUUAGUGUGUUCAAUCUCAGUAUUCGAUCCAAAACAGAAUCUUUUUUUUUUCUACACGAGUUUUUUUUAUAUUAUCAAAACUGUAUCCAUGUUAGUAGCUUUGAGUUUGUACUGUAAACUGUGGCUGUACCCAUGGUAAAUUGUAUUAAAAUCUCCUUAUACUUCUGG